AUAUUGCGAUAAAAUAACAACAUUUCAGUUCGCACCUAAUUUCAUUUUUUUUCUAUUCAUCUUAAUUACUUAGGAUGUAACUAGUGUACAUAAAUGUCUAAGGUGUAAAUUUAAAAUGACGUCAAUAUGGAGGAAAGUCAAGGAUCAGCAGGGAAUUGCUAUCCAUAACUUUGACCAAGAUGGACCGUAUCGGUUGCGGCUGACGGUUGGGGAAGUGGUUCAACUGUUAGAAGAGUGUGACGAAUGGUUUUACGGCUGUAGUAAAUACAAAGGAAAUAGCGGAAUCUUCCCAAAGACCUAUGUGCACACAUCAAAAAUAUCUAGCAGCACAGAAGCUCUUACGCAUGAAAUUACUAGCGUACUUCGUGAGUGGGGACAUCACUGGAAACAUCUAUACGUCAUACAUUCACCGCAUUUCCGUACAAUACAAGAGCAGAUUCUUGAAUUGAUUGGAUAUAGAAGUAAAAUCCUGAGCGCUACUCUAACUGUAGACGAGUUAAAAGACAUGAAGAGGCUGGCGACUGCAAAAAUAGACACAGGGAACCAGCUGCUGGGCCUAGAUAUGGUCGUUCGUGACGAGCAUGGAAACGUUUUGAACCCAGAACAGACUAGCACUAUCCAACUUUAUUACCACCAUGAAACGGCCACUGAAAGAAUAAGAAAGGCGACAACAAGUCUGAAGAAGAAACCACUAAAGUCUCAUUUGCCUGUAUACUCGCACAUAUUUUUUGUCAGCGUUAGAAAUUUUGUCUGCAAAAUGGCAGAGGAUGUAGAGUUACUUUUGACUUUGUACGAUGGCAAGGAGAUGAAAGCGAUAACAGAAAAUUACGUGGUUUGUUGGAGCCGUGAAGGAUUAGCACGAGAUAUCGACCAAUUGCAUAAUCUAAGAGUACUUUUCACCGAUCUAGGAUCUCGUGAUUUGUCAAGAGAAAAGGUUUACCUCGUUUGCUAUGCCGUUCGUGUGGGAAGUAUGUAUGCCAAGGAAAUAGAUCAUCGAAGAUCCAGUAUAUUACAGCAAAAUCAGAAGCAAAGGAGCUCCGAAAACAUGAGACGGCCUUUUGGUGUCGCUGCAAUGGAUGUUACUUUAUUUAUUACUGGAAAGCUCGAAGGCGACGUAGAAAUGCAUCACUUCAUACCCUUCUUGCAAUGCUGUGAGAAAGAGAGUCUAGAUGGUACAUUGCGAAAAAUCCUUGGGCAGAAAGACACAAACAGUCAGAAGGGCAACGGCAAUAGCUCAAAUGCUGUGGGCGGUCAGGGCUUGUGGGUUAGCAUAAAACUUCUGAGAGGUGACACUAAGCAGGUGCGUGAAGAAAAUCCACACUUGGUCCUUGGCAAUGUGGCAAUUGCUCGCAAAAUGGGAUUUCCAGAAGUUAUAUUGCCAGGCGACGUCAGGAAUGAUUUAUAUCUUACUUUGAAUUCCGGCGAAUUCAGUAAAGGAUCUAAAUCUACCGACAAAAAUGUAGAAGUAACGAUAAAAGUCUGUAACGAACGAGGUGGGGCCAUACCUGGUGUGAUGACUUUGGGCGGAGGGGCCCCACCCAUUGACGAGUAUCGCAGCGUAAUCUACUAUCACGAAGACAAGCCAAAGUGGUUUGAAACGUUUAAAAUCGCUGUACCCAUAGACGAAUUCAGACACGCUCACUUGAAGUUUACCUUCAAACAUCGUAGUUCCAACGAAGCAAAAGACAAGUCAGAAAAGCCGUUCGCUCUGAGUUACGUAAAACUGAUGCAACGCAACGGGACUACUCUACAAGACAUUAAGCACGAACUACUAGUCUAUAAAUUGGACCACAAAAAGUAUGACGAAACGGAUGCGACUUAUUUAAAAUUACCAUCGACGCAGGGAGAAUUGGAAGAAUUGAAUGCUGAUAAGAAGCCGACGCAGGGACCGUUCAGCCUUAGUUCAAAGGAUAACUUCUCAAUCUCAACGAAUGUUUGUUCCACUAAAUUAACCCAAAAUGUUGAUCUACUUGGAUUACUAAGGUGGGCAUCGCGGCAGACGGACUUGAUGGAGUCUCUCACUGCUUUGAUGAAAGUUGAUGGCGAAGAAGUUGUCAAGUUCUUACAGGAUGUUUUAGAUGCGCUGUUUAACAUUUUGAUGAGAAAUUCGGACAGUGACGAGUACGAUGACAUGGUUUUUGGAUGCUUGUUGUACAUCAUUGGACUGGUUUCGGACAGAAAGUACCAGCACUUUCAACCUGUCCUCGACUUGUAUAUCUCUGAAAAUUUCUCGGCAACUUUAGCUUAUAAAAAGUUAAUCACGGUAUUGCGCAAGCGCAUAGACAGUGCAACUAAUAACGACGGUCAAGAACGGGAUUUAUUGCUUAAAACUAUGAAAAGCUUGCAAUACUGUAUGAGAUUUGUUGUUAAAUCACGACUUUUAUUCGCUGAGUUGAAUCAAGACGAAGAAGAAUUUUCUCAGUCAUUGACGGAACUAUUAAAAUCCAUAAUCGAUUUGAUGAGUCACGAAACUGAUGGAACACUCUUGGUCCAGGGUGCUUGUCUAAAAUAUUUACCGACCACAAUACCACACAUUCUCCAAGUUUACGAUAAAAAGCAGCUCAGCCUUAUAUUGACCGAUCUGUUAGUCACGCUGCCGCCCGGUAGACUGACAAAACAAAAAAUGAUGACAGUAAACGACAUAGUUCACAGCCCGCUAUUUUUAAGUCCCGAAUGCAGGGCGAUACUCCUACCGACUAUUACGAUAUUGGUGAGAAGUCUCUUAGAAGCGAAAGAAGAGGGACUGUCAGGCACGCCUGGAAAGAGCGUGGCGAAGGUAGCCAGGCUGCUCGGCGAGAACCGACACCGACUCAACCAGCAUCGUGGCUACUCGGAAGAGGUGGAAUUGUGCGUUAAGAUCUUAUCUGACAUUCUCGAGUUGACAUUUAGAAGCGACGUAGGCUCGACAGUCUCCGAUGUGAAAGAAAUAAUGUUGACGGCGUUGAGAACUGUCAUUCAAACGGUCAUUUCAAUGGACAGAGAAAAUCCUCUUGUGGGAAAUUUGGUAUCCGUGAUGCUGGCCAUUUUCAGACAAAUGACCGAACAUCACUACGACAUUUACAUUAAUCAAUUUGGGACUCCGAUCGAUCUUCUGGAUUUUCUCAUGGAGAUUUUACUGGUGUUCAAAGAUCUUGUAUCGAAAAGUGUAUUUCCUAACGACUGGUCUGAAAUGAUUAUGCUUCAGAAUAGUAUCAUUCUCAAAUCAUUGCGAUUUUUUUCAAGAACAAUAAGAGAUUAUUUCUUCAAGAACUUUGAGCAACAAGCUUGGUCCAAUUUCUUUCACUGUGCGAUUGCAUUUCUUACGCAACCGUCACUUCAACUGGACAGAUUCAGUCCAACGAAACGCAAUCGAAUAGUCGCACGGUACAAAGACAUGCGCAGGGAAACAGCGUUUGAAAUUCGCUCGAUGUGGUUCAACCUGGGUCAACACAAAAUCCUAUUUAUUCCUUCGAUGGUUGGAGCAAUAUUAGAGAUGACGUUGAUUCCCGAAACGGAAUUACGAAUAGCUACUAUUCCAAUAUUUUUCGACAUGAUGCAGUGCGAAUUUUACAGUUCCCGAAUAAGCGAAGGUUACGGAGACACUAAACGUGAUCCUGCGCAUAUAAAAGGAAAUUUCUCGCAGUACGAGGACGAGAUGAUAGCAAAAUUAGAUAUUUUGGUAGAAGGUGGUAGAGGUGAUGAACAGUUCCGUGUCCUUUGGGUACAAAGGAUGACCGCUCUCUGCAAGGAUCACUCAACAAUGCGUGACAUGGGUUUGCGAUUUGUUGAUAUUGUCGGUCGAUUGAUGGAAAGACUGUUGCAAUACAGAGAUAUCAUUCAUGCGGAAUCUCAGGAACAUCGCAUGCUUUGUACAGUCAAUCUUUUAGACUUUUACUCUGAGAUCAAUCGAAAGGAAAUGUACAUUAGAUACGUGAAUAAACUUUGUGAAUUACAUUUGGAGUGCGACAACUAUACAGAAGCUGCGUAUUCCCUGAAACUGCACAGUCAGUUACUCGAUUGGAGUGACCAACCUUUGCCGCCUUUGUUACGUUCUCAGAGGUACGACAGUCGCCAGACGCAUCGAGAAUUGAAAGAAGCUCUCUAUUACGAUAUUAUUGACUAUUUCGACAAAGGUAAAAUGUGGGAGUGCGCUCUUGACGUCUGCAAAGAAUUGGCAAAACAAUACGAGGAAGAAACGUUUGAUUAUUUGCAAAUGUCGGUCUUAUUGAAGAGAAUGGCAAGCUUUUACGAUUCCAUUGUAAAACAGCUUAGACCGGAGCCGGAAUACUUCAGAGUAGCUUAUUAUGGACGCGGUCAUCCUCCAUUUUUACAAAACAAGGUAUUUGUCUACCGCGGUAAGGAGUACGAAAGGCUCAGCGAUUUUUGUAGUAGAAUUUUGAAUCAACUGCCCAAUGCCGAGCAAAUGAACAAAUUGUCACCACCCGGCGACGACAUACUCGAAUCAACUAGUCAAUAUGUUCAGAUAAACAAAGUUGACCCUCUAAUGAGUGAAAAAAAGCAUCGUUUAAGUGGCAAACCAGUAACGGCUGAAGCGGUUCUCAGGCAUCAUCGAGUAAACAAUGUUCAGCGGUUUCGAUUCUCAAGACCAGCUCCGAGAAGAAAUUCUACAAUAUCGUCCUCGUCAACACCGUCAGAAAAAGAUUCCAAAGAUAAGGAUAGCGCGAAUAACGCCAACGAGUUUGCCUCUUUGUGGCUCGAGAGGACAGUCCUAGUAACAAGCUAUCCUCUCCCAGGAAUAUUACGAUGGUUUCCAGUAACUUCGAGUAAAACAUAUUUUGUCAGUCCGUUGCAGAACGCUAUUGAAACAAUGGAAACGACAAACAAGGAUCUAAGGGACCUCAUUAUUCAAUAUAGAGCCGACAGUACACUGACUCUAAAUCCCCUGAGUAUGAAACUGAACGGAGUGCUAGAUCCAGCGGUGAUGGGAGGUGUUGACAACUACGAGAAGGCUUUUCUAAAUCCAGAGUACAGGGAUUCUCAUGCUGAUCACAGUUCGGAACUAUUGAAACUCGAGAGUCUUAUAGCUGAGCAAAUCCCCCUACUUGGCAUAGGUCUGGAUUUGCAUAAGGCCAGAGCACCGACAGAACUGGGACCUUUCCACCAGAAAUUAGACCAGUGCUUUUCAGCUAUGCGCGCACACGUUGAGGGAAAAUAUGGAAAGAGAACCUGUGAUCUCCAAAUUGAAACCAUGACUCAGUCAGUAACAAUGAGAAGACAUCAAACUUUGAAAGGAGAAAAUCAUCGACUAUCGGAAGCAAGUGUUGUCAGCAACGAUGGUGGAACUCGCUCCAGAGUAUGUUCACUUACGAAAUCACAAGUUCCAACACUCAAGUCAAUCAAAUCGUUCCAUUUUAACAACAGUUCACCAAACUCUGGUACCACGAACGUCAGUCUAACAAGAAAUACCUCAAUUCGUUCCAACAUCUUAUCCACGGCAUCGUUGAAAGCAUUGGCUAAUUCAAAUUCUGGAAUAAGCAAGAAGAAAGAUACGAAACGAAGAAGUUCCCGCAAGAGUGAUUCGGCCGUCUCGCAUAAAGCUGAACAACCAACCAGUCAAUGGUAUACGAUGCCUGAUCUAGCUCAAACAGUUCCAACCACACUGCCUUCUUCCAAUUCUCAAUCAACUAUAACAACUGUUUUCGAGCUUAGGCAAGAGCUGACACCGAAACGACCGCUGAGAUCUGAGGUGGAAAAGGAACGGAGAAUGAGUAACCGUUGGUCUGGCCAAUCCCAUCAGUAUCUCAGAAACACCGGCAACGGAUUGGAUCCUAGCGGAUUGGGCAAAGGCAACAGAGACAGUGUGGGAACGACGGACAGUACGGCUUCUGAGGACGAUCCUCCGCCACCGUUACCGAUUAAAACACGGGAGGCUGAUUAUUGCAAUUUACCCGACGACACGCUUAUACGCAAUAACAAAUCCGAAAUUAUAAGCAAUUUCAAUCGGCAAAGUAGUCAGAGAAUUAGAAGCAAACCUCCAGCGCCACCGGAACCAAUUGUUAAUCAAUCGACACCGCCAACUCCGCCACCGAAACCUAAACGACCUGCGCACAGUAUAAGAACAGUUGUGCUUUCAACGAUGAAUACAGACAUCAGCACCACCGACGAUUCGUCAACUGCGUGACAGCGGUAUGACUAAGGAUCCUUAACGCUUUCAAAUCUUGAAUCCCUCUAGCAUUCCUUAAUUUAAUUAUGAAUUUAGUUUCCAAGAAAUUAGUUAUACGUUAGUAGAAGGGACGUUGUAGCGUAUCAAGAUCGAAAGAGUUGAGCACAAUUUAGCAUACUCGUCAAGCAGUUACCAUUUCAUCAUCAUACCAAAGAGAUCGCGAAUAAUUUUAGAAUUAUUUAACUAUUCCAAACCGACCUAAUCUGUCGAUAAUAAAUCACGUUUUCCUUAGUAUAUAACAUAGAUGCAUAAACCUAUACAUUUAUAUAUAUAU